UGAACUUGAAUGAAAUAUGUAUAUGCGUGCAUAUGUGUGUCUCUACAUAAACGGGCUUUCAUUGAUUCGCGCGGCGGUCGUUUUCAUUAGUUGACCGAAUGCCAAGUUGAGCGGGGUAGUCGUCGUAAAAAUGGCAUUAUGCGCUAUCUAGUUAUGAACUGAAAAAUAUGACCAGUUUACCAUCCACACACUCGACAUUAUCAACUUAUGCUAACAGAACUUGCAUCCUAGUGCCAUCUGAUUUCAUUAACUUGCAGCUCGUUCUCACUGGUUGUCAUGGUGGUCCAAGCAUGGCUGUGUUCAAAACAUAAACAAACCGUGAAUUUUCUAAAGCUUUGUUAGAGUUGGCGCGAUCUGAAGCAUUAGGUGUUUGCUAAUGAUAUAAAAAUCGUACAUGCAAAUAAAAAAUUUUAAAAAUUUCUCUUAAUUGGUGUUUGUGCUUUAGGAGCAGGACAGUAAUGCCAAAUCGCGAUGGCAGUGUUGAUAAAUAUGUCAAGGAAAAGCAUAAAAGCCGUAGGAUUUCAUUUGCAGAGAAUGAACUAGUACCAGUGCACAAACCACUACACCGUCAUAGACGGUUUCACAAAACAAGACGUCAUUCAAGAAAUGGUGAAUUUGAAGAGUCGAUGGAUAAUAAGGAUAGUGUUGCAUUGCCUAAGAAAAACGGCAAACAUCAUAUUAAAAAAAAAAUUGAUAAAUUAGUGGAUGAAAAUCAGAGAUUAACAAUGAAACUUGAGCAUUCUGAUGUAAAUUCUGAAACUAUUGCGGAGCUAAAAGAGAAGGAUUCCUUAAUGUCAAGAAUUAGCAGUAAAUAUCACAAACUGUUGAAAAGUCACAACAGUCUUCAACAGGAAUGUGAGAAACUAAAUGUUCUUCUGGAAGAACGUGAAAUAGAAUUUCAACAGUUGCAUACACGUCACAAGGAAUUUAUGGAAGCCUUACAAAAAGUAGAGAAAACCAACUCCAAUCUUGUAACAUUUAACCAAAGGUUUAAAACUGAAAAUGUUCAGUUGAAUGAAGAUGUAUUAUUACUUAAAAAUGUAAUAUAUCGACUAAAUACAGAGUUGGAAAGAUAUCAAGAUAAAUUGAAAGAAUCUGGACAAAGUGUUCCAUCUAAAAAUAUUAAUGAUAUAUUAGAUUCUAAGAGUCUAGCAGAUGAUAAGGUAUUGGAGUCAUGGGGUUGUGUGAAUACUCAUGUGCUAGGCCCACUUUUAGAUGCUUAUCAGGAAAAUUUGUUAGAAAAGCAGGAGCUUAUAAACAAAUACGAAGAAGACAUCACAAAUCUCAAUACUAGAUGUAAAGAAGUUAUCGGAGAGAAUGAAUGCAUGCAGAAUGAAAUUGAAAAGUUAAGAUCAAAGUGUACCAGGUAUGCGGACGAGAUCAAGAUGAUGUCUGAGGACGCCGAUUUGCUCAAGGAAUUGAACGAGUGUCACACGAAACAAACUACGCACCAGAAACAAAAGAUACACGAGAUCCAUUCGUUGUAUGAGCAGAAAGUGGAAGCAAUGUCAUUUGACAAUAACAGACUUCAUGAAGAAUAUCUAGUGUCAAAAACUGAGCUAAGUAAUCUUCAAGGAAAAUACGAUAUUCUUCACAAAGAAUAUGAAAAGUUACAAAAUGAUAAUACGAAAACAAUGCCUAUUGAUGUUCAUAAUGCUGCUGUCGAAGAAUGUAGAGAAUUGUUUGAGAAACUAAAACGUCAAUACGAUUCUGAAAAAGAAAAAGUAUCUACUCGCGUUAAAGAAUUGGAAGAAUCGCACUGUCAAAAUAAAACACAAUUGGAUGUAAUUACGAUAGAAAGAAAUCAAUUGAAAGUGUCAAAUAAAAACUUCGAAAAAAGUUUGAAGCGUAUGCAGCGAAAAUUGGAGCAUCUUCAAAAGUUUGCACAUUCGAUGCAAGUAUCUCGUGAGUCUUUCAAAAAACAAUUGAGGAAGACUACUGUCUAUUGCGAAGAAUUGUUCAACGAAUAUGAAAGAGUAGUUACUGAGCGGGAUAAGCUGAUUAAACUUCUACACGAAACAGAAAAUGAAAAUGCAAGUAUUCAUUUUCUCGGAGAUACUAUUACUCAACGAGUAGGUCAUUUAAAAGACCAAUUAAAGAUCGUGCACGAAGGUGCCAAACAACAAUUAGCAUUAGCGGAAAAAAAUAUGAAAGUGCAACAACUCGGAGUACACAAGAUGAAAGAUGAACAUCAUCGAGAAUUGCAACGUCUCAAGCAUUUCCUGAAGCAAAAAGAUGAAACGAUCGGACGAUUGCAAAAAGAAAUUAGUGCUGCUCGCGAAAACUUGGAACUUGUUUGGAAAGUCACCACUUCGGAUAACAAAAAAGGAAACAACAGAUUUAUCGAUAGUAUCACUGCCUUUAUUCAGUGAUGACAUCAACCGCGGCAAAAGGUUUUGAAGGUUGCCACUUGCGACAGAGUUAACGCCGGGGAUACGACGUGAAAAAUUGACGUCCCCACUUAUAGAAGUGAUCUCACAUUCCAUUACUAUUAACAUGCAAGACUUAUAGAUGUGCUCGCGAUCGAUUUAUCGUACUUUGCAUUUGUUAUACAGUUUUUGCUAAUUGCCAGACGUUUUCUGAAAAAAAAAAACGUUUUAUGCAGAUAAUCUAUGGACAUUGCCUCUUAUGUUCUUACCGCGAUAAUAUUGAUGCUAUCGAGAACAUGACAUCAUGAUAUAAUCUUGAUUUA